AUGAUGUCUUCUCUCUCUGCUGCUGCGGCCGACACCGCAGCGAGCGAGACCACUGGUGCGCAGCAGCAGCAGCAGCAGCAGCAGCUGCUGCUGCUGCUGCAGCAGCAGCAGCAGCAACAACAACAACAAAAUACAUUGCAGCAAGCACACCAACUGCAGCACCACCAACAAAACCUAGACAAGCAGCAGCAGCAGCAGCAGCAGCAGCAGAAGGAUGACCCAGCGUCGGCUGCAGAUGCAGUCCCUCAGCAGCAGCAGCAGCAGCAGCAGCAACAGCAGCAGCAGCAGCAGCAGCAGCAGCAGCGAAGGAGAUCCACACUGCUGCGCCGCAUCUCAGGUGGGGCCCCCCUGGUGGGGGCCCCCCUGAUGGGGGCCCCCCUGAUGGGGGCCCCCCUGCGGGGGCCCCCCCUGAUGGGGGCCCCCCUGGUGAAGGCUCCCCUGAUGGGGGCCCCUCUGGUGAGGGGGGCCCCUCUGGUGGGGGGGGCCCCUCUGGUGGGGGGGGCCCCCACCCAGGGGGCCCCCCUGGUGGGGGCCCCCCUGAUGGGGGCCCCCCUGAUGGGGGCCCCCCUGCGGGGGGCCCCCCUGAUGGGGGCCCCCCUGGUGAGGGCUCCCCUGAUGGGGGCCCCUCUGGUGCGGGGGGCCCCUCUGGUGGGGGGGGGCCCUCUGGUGGGGGGGGCCCCCCUGAUGGGGGCCCCUGUCGAGAGGUGA